AUUAGCCGGAAAAAUAAUAACCUACGGCUUUUGAAACACCGGAAUGUCUCUUUCUGCCUUAAUCGUGAGGGAGUAAGGAGUGAUUUUAAUGUUAUCGCUUUGCUUUGUGUAUCGUUACCCGAGGGGUUUGCUUUAAAGCCAUUACUUGUUAGCGUAGUCUGAGAGUGACAAGCGAUGACUGCUGGAAGAAACAGCCGACAUCCUGGGCCAUGCCCACUGGCGCUCGCCAUUUUUUUGCUAGUUUUUACUCAGGGUCUGGUGGAAACAACCUCUAGAUAUGACCCCUAUAAAGUCCUGGGUGUCGGCAGGAGUGCGAGCCAAGCCGAAGUCAAAAAGGCGUAUAAGAACCUUGCUAAAGAAUGGCAUCCAGAUAAGAAUAAAGACCCCAUUGCUGAAGAUAUGUUCAUCAAGGUUUCAAAGUCGUAUGAGAUUUUGUCUAAUGAGGAGCGAAGGGCCAACUUUGACCGCUAUGGGCAGAUAGAUGAAAACGAGCCCUAUGGCCAGUCACGGCGUCAACAUUUCCAAAACGGCUUCUACUUUGAUGAGUCUUUCUUUCAAUUCUCCAGGUUCAGGGACUUUGCAGACAGCAAGUACUUUCUUCACCACGCUCAGUUUAACAGCGAUGUCCUUCCAGACAGCCACAAGAGACCCUACCUUAUCAAAGUGACCUCCGAUUGGUGCUUUGCGUGCAUCCACAUAGAGCCUGUGUGGAAGGAGACCGUGCAGGAACUUGAGCCAUUGGGUGUCGGCAUUGGCAUUGUGGACCUGGGUUUUGAGCCUCGUCUGGCCAACCAGUUGGGAGCUCACCACGCUCCCUCCAUCAUCGGACUGGUGAACGGCAGAGUGUCCUUCUUCCAUCAGGCCGUCGUCCGGGAACACCUGCGACAGUUCAUUGAGGACCUUCUUCCCAAGAAUUUGGUGGAAAAGAUUACCGAUGACAACUACCAGCAUUUUCUGGACAGCUGGCAUGUUGGAAAUAAGCCCAACGUCCUUUUGUUUGACAAAGACUUCAACGUUCCCAUUGUCUACAAGUUAACAGCAUUCGCCUUCAGAGACUAUGUUCAUUUUGGCUACGUCGACCAGGGCGACACACACAACAUCCAGCUCCUGCGCCAGUUCAACAUAAACUCAUACAUUCCCAUCAUGCUGCUCUUUAAGGAGGACACCAAAAACCCAGUGGACAUCAUCCAGGCUGAAGGACUGAAUUGGAAGAUCAUGGAUGUGUUUGUCUCCAACAACAAGUUCCUGCAGGUUCCCCGUCUGGUCAAUCAGCAACUGUUUGAUGAGCUGUGUCCCAUCAAGCAGUUUCACAGACGGAGGAAGUAUUGCGUGCUGCUGAUCACCGACGACGACAAAGCUUUUCUUGCCCAAAAUAAGGCCUUCUUGGACUUUGCCAUGUUGAACAGGAAAGAGGUGCUACGGUUUGUGUACGUUUACCAGCACCGGCAGCAGCCUCUCUGCCAGGCUCUGCUUCCCAACCAGGCUGUCGUCUCUCCCCAGGUGGUUAUUCUUGAGAGGCGGAGCCCGGCUGGCAAGGUGCUGUACCGCUCUGUGAUUGGCGGAUGGAAUGGAAGCGAAGAAGACAAGUCCCGCCUUCUUGAGCAUCUGGAGCUCGUUCAGAAGGACCCCACCUAUCUGACCUCGGACGCUACCUUGCCGGAGCUCAACAAUGAAAUGGCCCCUUUUUUCCUGAUUGAGUGGCUGAAUGCUGCCUGUGAUCACUUCCAUCAAAUUUACAAUGAACUUCUCUACUCAAACUGGCAAAAGAUGAUGCCCAUCCUGUCAUUGAUGUUCUCGGCUCUUUUCAUUUUUUUCGGGACAGUCAUCAUUCAAGCCUUCAGUGAAGCAGGAGAAAACAAACCCCAGAAAUCAGCACCAAAGGAGCAACCUCAAACUAACGAUGAUCCGUCAAGUCGUUCCACUACCUCCAGCCGCCCCCCCAAGAAGGAUUUUGUGGAGGUCACAGAGCUGACUAACGUCACGUACACCAGUAACUUGGUGAAGUUGCGGCCGGGUCACAUCAAUGUUGUUCUGGUGCUCACCAACGCCUCAAAGAACGCCUUGUUGUGCAAAUUCGCCAAGGAGGUCUUUUCUUUCUCUGGGACUCAGACUAUCCACUUCUCCUUCCUCAACGCUGACAAGCAUCUUCACUGGAUGCCCUCACUCCUCCGCUCGUGCUCAGACACAUCGUGCCGUGGAAGUCAUUUCGACGAGGAUGAGGACUCGUCAGACUACUCUGGCCACGUCUUGGCCCUGAACGGCUACAAGAAAUACUUUUGCCACUUCAGACCUGUCUUCACUGGAGACGACCUGAGUGACGCCUCGUCAGUGUCCGAGUCGUCUUUCUCUUCUGAAAGCAGGAGAAAGUCACGAUCCAGGUCUCGGUCUAGCUCAGGCUCUCGAUCCCGUUCCAGAGAUGAUGGGGCUAGGUCCAAGAGAGGCUCCACUAGAGCCACAAGCAUAGAGGUGCACCACAAGCUUGACCGGCUGGGGCUGUGGAUGGAAAGGUUAAUGGAGGGUACUCUGCCUAGAUGGCAGGUGCCUUCCUGGCCUUCCCUCAAUGCCGCUGAGAACAUCCCGACGGAGAGCUGAGGCCGGCAGCACCAAGGUAGUGCUCACCCUUUGUGCUCUUGCUUUCUUUUCAAGGUAACUGCAGAAGAGUUUGUGCCUCUCCACAGCUGGCGUGGUGAUUGUUAGUUUCCAGAAUUUAGGAUGCUUUUAUUUUUUAUGGAGCCCAAUGAUGACCUAUGUGUUAUUUUGUUAUUUAUUUGCAUUUGAGGAAGGGCGCGGGGGCGCACAAACACUGUAACUGAAUCGUUCAAUCACGAAGAUGUAUACCGAGAAAACCUUUUACUACUAUGGUAUGAGCAUUUAUUCCAUAUCAAAGUAGUGUGCUCUUUGUCCUCACUCGUAAGAUGAGAGCACCAAUAGAAUGACUAGGGGACACAUCAGAACAACUACGCUACUCGUGUGGCACAGUUGUGCACAAGUCAACAUCUACAUUGUACUGGUAUUACCGGUGAUGUAAAAUUCUUCCAAUUAACAUCUGGUGCUUUGCCGGUCUGUCCUAGUUGUUCUAGUAGUAUGCAGGAACGACAUACAGUGGUUCUCAAACCACUAUCUUGACCAGCACUAAAAUACAGCAACGUUGUAGGUCUAAGUGUCCGUCAAAAAACUAGGAAGAACUUUGAACUGGAACACAAUGCAAAAUUUGAAUAUUUAAUGAAAUGAUUCUCCCGUACCGCUAGAGGGUGCCCACGUACCACAAAGUGGAAUCACCUUCAGCACAGUAGUCCCAAAACAUUCACUAGUUGGACAGCCAUUCUACUCGUGCACUCAAUUGUUUUACCAUUACAGAAAAAGAGCAUACUAGUAAUGGGCAAUUCAGCACACUAGCAUGAUAUUAAAUAAAUGCUCAAAUUGGAUGAAAUUAUUAUUACGGCCAUCACAUGCUUAAGCGUUUAUGUUAAUGUCUGUGGUUCAAAAUGUUGGAAGGUAAAUUCAAAAUCAGAUCUGCGUUACACCUCUUCAUGACUGAACCACAGGCAGGCACAGCCCAUAACAGAUAAUUAAACCAGUUGACAUUUUGAAGCGUGAACCAUAGAAACGGUCCAUGUUUUUCCUAUUUUAAAUGCAUGAACUAUGGAGGUCGUCUCCCACGCAUAAACGUUUAGUGAACUUGCACUAACAACUUGUAGUUUCACCUUCAUCUCUUUUAAUGAUGUGAUAAAAUAAUUUGCAGCUGAAGACUUAAUAAUUGUCUUUUAUGGCAUUUGACGAUACAACUAGAAGAGUUUGAAAAGUUUAUUUAUGAAAGUAUGUGACAUUUUAUUCCCAUUCAACGAAUAAAUGUUUUUUGGAAUA